UAAUCAAUAUUUCACAGCUUCACCCUCCAACAAUCGCUCAAUCUUCAUCAUCGUCUUCUAUUCCAAGAUUGUGACAUUUCUUCUUGUUCUUCGCCAUUGAAGAGAUCCGAAUCGCAGGCGAGCUCGGUCUAGAAAGAGGCACUCGCUUUGGAACGAAAGCGUUUUUUUUUUCAGCAGGUAUCUGAAAUUACAGGUAGGAUUAAAGGGUUUGUUGUGAUUAAUAGUCCGCGCGUUUUUUUAUAGCGUGGGAAAAGUGAAACGUUUAGUGAGAUGGGGAUGUUUGAUGGAUUUCCGCUUCCUCCGGAUAAAGAAUAUUUAAGGGAUGACCUUUUAACAGUAAGAGAGAGUUGGGCUGCUGCACGUUUUGAUUCACUGCCUCAUGUUGUCCGUAUCCUGUCAUCAAAAGAUCGUGAAGGUGAGCUCGGGGUUUUAAAGGAACAAAGAGAUAUUGUCGAGGAUGUUGUAGAUGAAGUUGUUCAUGCUUAUCAUGGUGGCUUCAACAAAGCAAUUCAAAAUUAUUCUCAGAUCUUGCGGUUAUUCAGUGAAUCUUCUGAAAGUAUUGAAGUAUUAAAGGUAGAUUUGGCUGAGUCCAAGAAACGUCUUUCUGCACGCAAUAAACAGUUGCAUCAGUUGUGGUAUCGAUCUGUUACUUUGCGUCACAUAAUCUCCUUGCUAGAUCAGAUUGAGGGUAUAGCUAAGGUUCCUGCUCGUAUUGAGAAGCUCAUUUCUGAUAAGCAGUAUUAUGCUGCAGUUCAAUUGCAUAUUCAGUCAGCAUUGAUGCUUGAGCGUGAGGGCCUUCAACCGGUUGGUGCUCUCCAAGACAUUCGAUCUGAUCUGUCAAAGUUGCAAGGUAUUCUGUUCUUCAAAAUUUUGGAGGAUUUGCAUGCACAUCUUUACAAUAAGGGUGAAUUCAGCUCAGUUGCUUCAAGCAUGCAUGAAAAGGAUGAUGAAGUGCCAACAACAACUGUUGUUGCAAUCACUGCAAAUAGUUUGCAACCUGUGUCUCUAAGUCCAGUUGAUGGAAGGUCAUCUUAUGAUGGUCAUGAUGGGGAUAGUUCUUUGGAGCCAAAUGAUGAAAGGCUUAAUGGUGGUGAUGGAAAGGAUGUCAAAGUCCAUCAAAUCCCAUUGUGGCUUUUUAAUUCCACUCCUGAUGAAUUUGUUGAAACAAUUAAAAAGAGUGACGCUCCAAUUCACGUGAAGUAUUUGCAGACCAUGGUGGAGUGCCUCAGCUUACUUAACAAAAUAGCUGCAGCUAGUGCUUUAAUAUGUCAAAGAUUGCGACCCACUGUUCAUGGGAUUAUCACAUCCAGGAUUAAAGCCCAUUCAGAAUUCAUAAAUUCUUCAGUUGAUAAAGCUACUCGAACUGGUGCGACCAGUCUCCAUCUUAUGAAGGGACAGUUAGAAAGCUAUCAGUUAUCCAAACAAAAGCGUCAGAAUGGGAUAUCAUUGGCUGGGAAUCUGUUAGCAGUGAGCCCUGUCUCACCCGUGAUGGCUCCUACAGGAAAAGCACAGGCUGCUGCAAAAGAGCUUCUUAAUUCAAUUCUGGACUCUGUUGUUCGGAUAUUUGGAAAUCAUAUUGUUAUUGGAGAGCUUAUUGAGUCGAAAUCUUCCCCGCAAAUUGAUACAAAGAUUCUAAAAUCGAUGUCAACAGAUGCAUACCUUGAUUCUAAAGCAUCUCAUUUUAGUAUUGGCUUUUCAUUGACAGUUUUACAGAGUGAAUGCCAGCAACUCAUAUGUGAGAUUCUUCGAGCAACCCCUGAGGCUGCAUCUGCAGACGCUGCUGUACAAACUGCCAGGCUUGCUAGCAAGGCUCCUACAAAAGAAAAGAGUGAUGGGUCAGAAGAUGGCCUCACUUUUGCUUUCCGUUUCACAGAUGCCACCUUAUCAGUUCCUAACAAGGGAGUUGAAUUUAAACGCCAGGGGGGAUGGAGUACGAAGGGUUCCAAUGUCUCACAAGAAGGCUAUGGCUCUGCAGCUGUCUUGCCUGAGCAAGGCAUGUAUCUAGCGGCAUCUGUAUACCGGCCUGUUCAUCAGUUUACAGAAAGGCUUGCUUCAAUGCUGCCAAAAAGGUAUUCCCAGCUUGGGAAUGAUGGAUUGCUAGCCUUUGUGGAGAACUUUGUGAAAGACCACCUUUUACCAACUAUGUUUGUUGACUACCGGAAAAGCGUACAAGCAGCUAUAUCAAGUCCCGCUGCAUUUCGGCCACGGGCACAUAAUCAUGCUUCAUAUGCUUCAUCCAUUGAGAAGGGUCGACCUGUCUUGCAGGGGCUUUUGGCCAUUGAUUACUUAGCAAAAGAGGUUCUUGGUUGGGCUCAAGCAAUCCCUAAAUUUGCUGCUGACCUUAUGAAGUAUGUGCAAACUUUUCUCGAACGAACAUAUGAGAGAUGUCGUACCUCAUACAUGGAGGCAGUUCUUGAGAAACAGAGUUACAUGAUCAUUGGGAGGCAUGAUAUUGAUAAAUUGAUGCGACUUGAUCCAGCUAGUGCAUGUUUACCCAAUGCAUUUAGUCAGUCAAAUGUGAGAAAUAAUUCUUCUGGUGCUGGAAGCAUUGACGUGGAAUCAGAACUGAGUGACCUUCUCCUAAAUUUGCGUCCUAUUAGGCAGGAGAACCUAAUUCGUGAUAACCAUAAAAUUGUUUUGCUGGCAUCCUUGAGUUAUUCAUUGGAGUAUGUAGCAGACUCAAUUGAAAGACUUGUACAAGUGUCCCCACAAAAUGUGGAGAGUGGCAAGCCUAGCCAAACAAGCAGUUCCCCUGCUAGGGAUCUGGCAUUGUCUGCAAACGAGUACAGAAAACUAGCAAUUGAUUGCUUGAAAGUUUUACGCGUGGAGAUGCAGUUGGAGACAAUUUUCCACCUGCAGGAAAUGACACAUAGGGAAUACCUGGAAAACCAAGAUGCAGAAGAGCCUGAUGAUUUUGUUAUUUCACUUACUGCACAGAUAACAUGCAGGGAUGAAGAAAUUGCGCCUUUUGUUUCUGGAGUGAAGCGGAAUUACAUAUUUGGUGGAAUAUGUGGUACUGCUGCAAAUGCAUCCAUUAAGGCUUUGGCCGACUUUAAAUCUAUCAACCUGUUUGGAGUUCAGCAGAUAUGUCGGAAUUCAAUUGCUCUAGAACAGACUCUUGCAGCAAUCCCUUCAAUUGACAGUGAAGCUGCACAGCAGAAGUUAGAGCAUGUUCGAACCUAUUAUGAACUAUUAAAUAUGACAUCCGAGGCCUUGCUCACCUUCGUUACAGAGCAUGAGCACUUGUUUACACCUUCAGAGUACAUUAAUCUUCUAAAAGUUCAGAUCCCCGGAAGAGAGGUACCUCUCGAUGCACAAGACCGAAUGAAAGAAAUUUUGUCCCAGUAGCACUCGAAAUCGACAAUUUCAUCCUCCGAAAUCGUAUUGUUUUCUUGCAUAUAGAACGGUGCGUAGCCUUUUCCAUGGAAGUUAUCUUUCAGCAUGUCCAUCAAAAAAUUGAGGCUUGUUCUAUCAUUGCCUUUCUCUGGUUGAUGGUUGGUGAUAGACAUAAAAAAAGAAUGCAAACAAAAAAGAGUGGCUACGUUUAUAUCUAUUAUACUUGUAAAUAAACAAUUCCAACCUAUUUAUAUCUAUUCAUGUUAUUUCUUACUACAAAAUGUAAAAUUUAAUGUUUACCCUAUAUUAUUAUAUAUUUAUUCUUUUUAAAUAAUAUAUUUCACUUGGUACGAAAUAA